AUGGAGGCGGCGGCGGCGCUGGCGCGGGAGGGCGGCGGCGCGGCCCCCGCUCCCCACGAGCCCAUCAGCUUCGGCAUCGACCAGAUCCUCAGCGGCCCGGAGCCCCCGGGCGGCGCGGGGCCGGCGCGGGCUGCGGGAGAGCCCGACUACCCCGGGCUGUACGGCGGCGGCUACGGCCCCGCCUGCUCGCUCGGGUCCUACAACCUCAACAUGAGCAUGAACGUGAGCGUGAACGUGACCCCCGCGCCCGCCGGGCCGCCCGCCGGGGUCAUCCGCGUCCCCGCGCACCGACCCGCGCCGCCCGCACCUCCCGCCGCGCCGCCGCCGGUGCCGGGGCUGUCGGGGCUCACCUUCCCCUGGAUGGAGACCACGCGGCGCAUCGCCAAGGAUCGGCUCUCAGCUGCGCUUUCGCCCUUCGCGGCGACCCGGCGCAUCGGGCACCCCUACCAGAACCGCACGCCGCCCAAGCGGAAGAAGCCGCGCACCUCCUUCAGCCGCGUGCAGAUCUGCGAGCUGGAGAAGCGCUUCCACCGCCAGAAAUACCUGGCGUCGGCCGAGAGAGCCACCCUGGCCAAAGCUCUCAAGAUGACGGACGCGCAGGUCAAAACCUGGUUCCAGAACCGCCGCACCAAGUGGAGGAGGCAGACGGCGGAGGAGCGCGAGGCGGAGCGGCAGCAGGCCAACCGGCUGAUGCUGCACCUGCAGCAGGAGGCCUUCCAGAAGAGCCUGAGCCAGCCGCUGCCGCAGGACCCGCUCUGCAUGCACAACUCCUCGCUGUACGCCCUGCAGAACCUGCAGCCCUGGGCCGAGGACAAUAAGGUGACGUCCGUCUCGGGGGUGGCCUCCGUGGUCUGAGGGCGCUGCGUGGCGGAUGGGACCCCCUGUGCCCCUGGGGGCCCCGAACUGAUCAGGAGGCGGCAGUGGGAGCUUCAGCCUGGAGGGGUGCGAGGCGGC